AUGCAAGUGAUCAACGACGUUGUGAUUGUGGAGAUGACGAGAACGAGCGAGCGAACAAUUUCCUCUCACACGCCUCUGUCGGAAUCGAGCGGCAGUUCCGACUGUGCAUCAUCCAACCUGCUGCUCAGUCUCUCGAAAAUCUUUUGCCAUCACCGAUCUUGGAGCCCCCUGCUGCUCAAGAUGCGCAAGGCCUUCAUGUUUGGCGCCAUGCAGGUCGCCAAACGAAUUCCGUUCGACGACAAGCCCGAGUACAUCGACUAUGCUCGAGGUGCCUACGUCGCCGUUCAACUGCUGACCCUCGCCAUGUACUACUACUGCUCCAUGCGCGUCAAGAAGGCCAACGACUUGACCGUCAUCAAGUACGUCAACGCCAAGAACCCCAUGUCGCAGGAACCCGGCGAGCUGGUCACCACCACCAACCGCGAUUACGAUCUCGCCGAAAUCUCCAAAGCCACCCGAGGCAUCCUCAUGGGCUGCGCCAUGGUCGGCUUCAUGCACCUGUACCUCAAAUACACCAACCCGCUCGUGAUUCAGUCCAUCUUGCCGUUGAAGAACGCCCUCGAGUCCAACAUGGCAAAGAUCUGGAUCUGGGGUCAGCCAGCCACGGGUGAUCUCAAGAGGCCUUUCAAGGCGCCACCUGGUUUGUUCGGUGCCGCUGGACAGGCCGGUCCUCAGACCGACAAGGCUGCCAUCAAGGAAGCCGAGAAGGCCGGAUCCGGCAAGAAGGACGAGUGA